ACUGGAUGUCACAGCCAAUGCUGGUUCAAUGUGAGGAAAGCGAGUGAAGUUGGAGCAACUGAAGGAAAAGAAGUGUGUGCGAGUGAAUGAAAAGUGACCGGGCAGAGGGAAAACAGAGAUAUUCAAACGUCGAAUCUUUCGACUAGGAGAAAUGGCGCAUUUGCGUAUUCGGCUUAUACGAAUAACCUGCUCAUUGCUUAAAAGCACGAACGUCUUAGGGGAUCACGCAGCAACCAGGUCAUCCUGUUUACAACUUACAAGAAACAUAAACAGCAGCACAUGGUGGGAAGAGCAUCUUUCAGAGGAGAAUUCAAAGUUUCUUCGUAGACUUACAGCCGAGGAGUUCAGACAACAGACAGCAAGUAAAGAGUGUCCACUGAAGGACGAGCCUUGGCCCAGACACACGUGGCAACCUGGGAAUGCACGAGUUGGUUUGAUUGCAGUAAAACUAGGAAUGAUGCCAGUUUGGACCAAGACUGGGGAAAAGCACGCUGUUACAAUGCUUCAGGUACAAGACUGCCAUGUACUUAAAUAUGUAGCAAAAGAAGAUUAUGAUGGAAAAGUAGCAGCUUUAUAUGUUGGCGGAAAAAAUGUAUCGCCCUUUCAUAGAACGGAGGAUUCAAUGGAGAUCUUUCGGAAUGCAGGAGUACCACCAAAACAGAAAAUAUCAAUUUUCAGAGUGUCAGACAAUGCUAUACUGAAACCAGGCACUCCUUUAUAUGCUGCUCACUUUCGUCCUGGACAAUAUGUUGAUGUCACCGCGAAAACAAUUGGCAAAGGUUUCCAAGGAGUAAUGAAACGGUGGGGUUUUAGUGGUCAGCCAGCUUCACAUGGACAGACAAAGACUCAUCGAAGACCUGGAGCAUCUGGCCCUGGCGGUGAUCCUGCCAGAGUCUUUCCUGGAAAGAAAAUGCCCGGGCAAAUGGGGAAUGUUUAUAACACUGCCUAUGGGCUUAAGGUAUGGAGGGUAAACACUAAACACAACAUCGUCUAUGUAAAUGGGUCUGUCCCAGGACAUAGGAACUGCUUAGUGAAGGUCACAGAUACAAGGCUGCCUACACGCACUGAAAACAAUCAGAAUCCCCCUUUUCCAACUUAUUUCAAAGAUGGAGAAGAAAAUCUGCCAGAAGACCUGUAUGAUGAUGAGAUGUUUCAAUUCACUGAACCUUCUAUCACAUAUUCUUGAGAAACAUCUUGUAGAAUCAGACCCUGAAGCCCCUGCCACUGUGAGCCGCUUGCCAGGUUUCUUGAAACGCAAGGAGCCUGUCGGAUCGCCUCCACUUCUGUCAAUUACUGUCUUCACACUGUGCAGGAAUAAAUAUCAUGGCAAAACUA